UCGUUGCUGCAAAAUUUCUCCAGAUCUAAAUUUCCCCCCAAUUUCCAUUUAUCGAUCCAAAUAGAAAAACAGGAAACCCUAAAGGAUCGAAAGAAGAGAAAAAAAGGAGGAAAUUCAAGAAAGCUAUGUUCAGAUUCGAAUUCGAAAAUAUUAGGAAACGGAUUUGAUUUUACCGAAAGAUUUUUCCCUUCUUUCUUUAAUUUUCUGCUAUGGCCGACGCGAUCUCCGUGAUUCCCGCGUCAGUUCUCCGUAAUCUUUCAGACAAGCUGUACGAGAAGCGCAAGAAUUCUGCUCUUGAGAUUGAAGGAAUCGUGAAACAGCUGGCGUCGACGGGAGAUCAUGAUAAGGUAUCGGCGGUGAUCAAUUUGUUGGCCAAGGAAUUUACCUACUCUUCACAAUCCAAUCACCGUAAGGGAGGACUGAUUGGUUUAGCUGCUGCCACUGUUGCCUUGAGUUCCGAAGCUGCCCAACAUCUUGAGCAAAUUGUGCCGCCCGUGCUUAAUUCUUUAUCUGACCAAGAUAGCAGAGUGCGAUAUUAUGCAUGUGAAGCACUAUAUAACAUUGCAAAGGUUGUCCGAGGCGAUUUUAUCAUAUUCUUUAAUCAGAUAUUUGAUGCAUUAUGCAAGCUAUCUGCUGAUUCUGAUCCCAAUGUACAGAGUGCUGCUCACCUUUUAGAUAGGCUUGUCAAGGACAUUGUUACUGAAAGCGACCAGUUUAGUAUUGAAGAAUUUAUACCUUUACUAAGAGAGCGUAUGAAUGUCCUGAAUCCUUAUGUCCGCCAGUUUUUGGUUGGAUGGAUAACUGUACUGGAUAGUGUCCCAGAUAUUGACAUGUUGGGUUUCCUCCCUGAUUUUCUUGAUGGUUUGUUCAAUAUGUUAAGUGAUUCUAGUCGUGAAAUACGGCAACAAGCUGAUUCGGCACUUUCAGAGUUCCUCCAAGAGAUUAAAAACUCCCCAUCUGUAGAUUAUGGUCGCAUGACUGAAAUACUGGUGCAAAGGGCAUCUUCUCCUGAUGAAUUCACUCGGUUAACAGCUAUCACUUGGAUAAACGAGUUUGUAAAACUUGGUGGAGACCAGCUUGUUCCUUACUAUGCUGCCAUACUGGGAGCCAUUCUACCCUGCAUAUCUGAUAAAGAAGAGAAAAUUAGAGUGGUUGCUCGUGAAACCAAUGAGGAACUUCGUUCAAUCAAGGCUGAUCCAGCAGAGGGUUUUGAUGUUGGGGCUGUUCUCUCCAUUGCAAGGAGGCAACUGGAUAGUGAGUGGGAAGCCACUAGAAUUGAAGCAUUGCACUGGAUAUCAACCCUUUUAGACAGACAUCGUGCUGAGGUCUUGUGCUUUCUAAAUGACAUAUUUGACACCCUUUUGAAAGCUCUAUCCGACUCUUCUGAUGAGGUUGUGCUCCUGGUUCUUGAUAUUCAUGCUUGCAUAGCACAAGAUCCCCUAAAUUUCCGCCAGCUUGUUGUUUUUCUGGUGCAUAAUUUUCGAGUUGAUCAUUCUCUGCUGGAGAGGCGUGGUGCUUUGAUAAUCCGUAGACUUUGUGUUCUAUUGGAUGCUGAACGUGUCUAUCGUGAGCUAUCCACCAUUUUAGAGGGAGAAGCGAACCUGGAUUUUGCCUGCAUCAUGGUUCAGGCUUUGAAUUUGAUUCUACUCACUUCUUCUGAGCUAUCCAAGCUACGUGAACUUUUAAAACAGUCGCUUAGUAAUGCUGCUGGAAAAGAUUUAUUUGUUUCUUUGUAUGCUUCAUGGUGCCAUUCACCCAUGGCGAUCUUAAGUCUUUGUUUGUUAGCACAGACAUACCAGCAUGCAAGUUCCGUGAUUCAGUCCUUGGUUGAGGAAGAUAUUAAUGCCAAAUUCUUGGUUCAGCUUGAUAAAUUGAUUCGCUUGCUGGAAACUCCCGUCUUCACUUAUCUUAGAUUGCAGCUUCUUGAACCAGGAAGGUAUACAUGGUUGCUGAAAGCGUUAUAUGGUCUUUUGAUGUUGCUUCCACAGCAAAGUGCUGCAUUCAAGAUCUUGCGGACUCGUUUGAAAGCUGUGCCUUUGUAUUCCUUCGAUGGUGAUCAACUCAAAAGAGCAUCAUCAUCAGACAACUCAUACAACCAAAUUCUACAUUACAGUGGAUCGCAAAUCACAGAGGAUGGUGAUAUAACCCAAGAUAAUCGGAAUUUGCAUGAUGGAAUUAACUUUGCUUCAAGGCUGCAACAGUUUCAGCAAAUGCAGCAACAACACCGCAUGCUUGAAAAAUCACAGGCACAAGCAAAAGCACGAAAAAUUUCCACUUCUUUAUCGAAGGAAGGGCCAGAGGCAAAAGAAUCCCAGCGACCCUCAACAUCAGCCCCAAACAUUCCGUCUUCAGCAUCAUCUAGACGAGGUCCGGGGUAGUUGCCGAUUUAUUCACCGGCGCUUCUUGUGGCCUAUGAAUAGUUCCGGGUCAUUUUGUAGUAUGAUCUCGAGAUGGUAGAGCCAGAGGGGUGAUACCAAGUAUAGCAUGUAAAAUUGUAUAUCAUGGUAGUUUGCUUCCGUUAAAAACACUCAUGAUGGAAGUUGGGAUGGUGCAAAAUUGGGUUCUGGAUGUAAGCUUGGAGAGGCUUUUCAGGCUAUUCUAUUCCCCCCCCCCCCCCCCAUCGUAAACAAGAUAUACUCAUGUGGUUCUGUUAUUUUUUUUAUUGAAAUCCACAUGGAUUAGAGGGA